AUGUCGUCGGAACCUCUGGUUAACACCUACAAGCGCUACAAGGCUGGCACAGAAAAGCUAAUCGACUGGCUCUUGGAAUCCGCUGCACGCUGUGAGACUCGCUCAGCGUCUCAAAAACGCCCUCGAGACAAGGAGAAAGCAAAAGUCCCGACUCGAGAACUGUGUAACCUUGCGCAGCGCAUUGUCGAGUCCAAGAAGCCCAUCAUCGAGAUCAGACUCGACAUCCUCCACAUUGCCGAAGAUGUACUCGUAGCUCGAGCCCAAUUCGCAGACUUCUACACAUACCUUGAAGAGCAUGCUCGGCACAGUGCUGACAGCGCGAAUCAUGCAGCUCUGACCAAGUCGAAUGCCGGUCACCAGCAUUUCGUCAAGACUUUGCGGCAGGUCUACGAACUACUUCGGGGCGAACAUAAGGCUCGUCAACCGAAGCACAACAAAAAGACACAAGAGCUCGCUACCGAUGCCGGCGAACUCAUCAACCUGUAUCGCCACUUGGAUCUCGAGGAGCCGAGCGAGGACGACUUCCCCAACAACACUCACGCUGGUGAGGCUGCCUUAGCACCGGUCAGUGAAGCACCCUUGGAGCUGGGUAAAGAUGUCGAGGAGCAUGAUGACACAGCGUUCCGAGCCUACUGCUUGCUGAAAGACUUGCACAGCGUGAUUUCCUACAUUCGCUCGGUGUGGCAACAGUACGCGACAGGCGAGCUCAGUAUCUGGAUAGCUGCGAAGCUCACUGAGAGUGCUCAAGAGCUUGUCCAGUCUCUGUGCGAUGAGUACAAGGAGCUUCACCCGCAGCAAGGGACGUAUGAAGCAAUUCUUGAUCUUCUGAACGUCCACUCGCUCGUUGACAAUGAGGACAACGGCAUCCAUGAGGCGGACCAGAGUGAUGCAGAGCGAGAUGUUGCAAACAUAACAUCUUCCACGACCUCUUCUAUUUCAGGCGACAUGCUCCUUGUCCGGCCGUUCAAAGCGCUGACUGGCUUCGUCGAAGCUGCGAAAGCAUUGGACGACAGUGAGGAUAUGACGAUGGCUGGAGUAGAUGACUCGAGAACUGGAUCUACGACGAGUUUCGCAGAAGCCCUGACAGGUCUACCUCGCCUUCUAAAGGAAACUUUCCCGUUCAUCAAAGCCUUUGGCGAUGCUCAGCGCAACGACGCCUGCACCCUUGCCGUACAAGCCGUUGAUGGCUACACCUACAAGCUUUUGAAUAUUCUGGCUGGUGAACCUAUCGACUUAGCGACCGUGGUGGGGACACAGAUCUGCAUGGGCGUAUUUGACGCCAUGGACGGCGAGACAAGCCGCGGCUUCCUAGCUGCGAAAGAAGCUAUCACUCGAGGCCAGGAUUCGGCCAAAGCAUUCGCGCAGUUCCCAGACACGUUGUCAUACUACGCAAAGCAAUAUAUCAACCCGGAUGUUGCCAAUGCCGUUGGGCGCCCUGCUAACGCAGUUGUCUUUGAGGUGCACGAAGGAGAAGUCAUGGGAUGGACCGAUCGCCCUGACCCGAAAUCCUCUUACACAGUAUCGAUAUCGAAAGCGAUACUCUGUGCAUUGCCCCUACUACCAGUGCUAAGAGCUUAUCGCAUACUCUUCGCGACCUCGACAUUGUCAAGCACGCUGUGUGGAAGCACCGGCAUCGCCAUCUCUGUGGCACACCUUCACAAAGCUGGUCUGAUGGCCGGCUACAUCAAGAGACCUUGGAAGGAUCUCGAGAUGUACAUCAAGCGGCAGAACCAGCUGGGAACUUUCCUUCGCCAAGGCGAUAGGUCAGUACGAUCUGUGCUCAACCAGUUCGGCCUUGCCAUUGGCUUGACUCUGAAGCAGCUAAAUCAGCUCAUGCCACCCUCGGCUCCGCGGCUAGCUGUGAUACAGAAGAAUCUGAGAGCCUCUAGACCGUGUCGCUAUGGCGACAGCGAACACAGCACUCGCAUCGAUAAUAGCUACCUGGGCAAUCCCGCUUCGCGGAUGAGGGUCCUGUACGACACUGUGAAGCGAUAUGCUGCCACGCCUGGAGGCAUCCAAGAUCCUGAGAUCGCGAAGCAGUGGAAUGCAACAAGGGCGCUGGAGCCAGCUCAACUACUGAAGGUCGCCCUCGAAGUGCUGGUCGAAGACAAGCCUCACAUGAUGUUCGACGGUUCCGCGCUGUUUGAGCAGUGCGUACAAUGGCUCGGUCUACAAGCCGAGCACUGGGCGCAGACCCUGAUUAUUGACGACAGCACUCCUCGCCUCGAUCCGUACAAUGGUACUCUCCUGACACUGUGGUACGCCGCUACGAAGGGAGAGGCGCUGUUCGCCACGCCUGCGAACAUGAACUUCCUUCUUCGCGGCUGCUACUUCAUCAACGAAGUCGUCGCAAAGAACGGCGAUGGCUGUAUGCAGAGGAGUCUGGAGCUCUCUAGUGUCCUCGCACGAGAGCGUUUCACACUUCUCAAUCCGUGGUCCACGUCCUCUGAGCAGUCGCCGGCGUACAACGCACCAUUGAUGGAGCAGGAAGCGGCCAGCCCGACUAUGCCCAUCAACGAGAACAAGAUCAUCCAGAUGACGGAUUGCAUUGACAAGGCGAGACAGGACUUCACGACUAUGACAAAGCACGGGCUUGACCCACAAAAGGUCUUGAGAUUAGUCCAGGCGCGCUUGGACAAUCAUUGCAGAGAACACAAGUUCGACCUGGUGAUCAUCGCCAGUAUCAAGAAUGGUGCACUGGAAAUCCAGCAUGAAAAGUCGGGCUGA